ACGCAGCUAACGGUAGCUUUGUUUAUAUAGCUAGAAACGCUGGGUCAUUGGUUAAUAGCCGUUAGGUCUAUGCGGAACUUUUAAAUCGCCAGCAAUGGUUAUGUUUUAGUUUAGGUGGUUAGCAGCUAUUAUCAGAUAUUAGCAAGUAGCAACAGAAGUGGCUUGCGCAGGACUUGCUAACAAGACAUUAACUGUUUAUAUCAUUUCUCGGUGAUUAGGAAGGUCAGUGAUACCAUGUGGAAGUCACAUGAACGACGAGGAUGAGGCAUAAACAACAAAGAGGCAUCUUGAGGAGAGAGCCGCUGCACAGUGUCCGCCAUAGGGAGGGGGUUUGCUGCUUGUAAAGGCCCUGCACAAGCAGCCCCCUGUGUCCCCCUUUCCUGAACGUAUGCAAUGAACAGCACUACGCAGCCUCCUGCCAUCAUAGAUGGGGAUGUGGCAGUCAGCUAUGUGUUGGUGCCAUUUUUCCUCAUCACCAUCAUUGGAAUAGCUGCAGCAGUGGUUAUGUAUAUUCGAAAGAAAAGGAGAAUUGACAGACUCCGUCACCAGCUGUUACCAGUUUACACAUAUGAUCCUUCAGAGGAACUUAAUGAAGCUGAACAAGAAAUGUUGUGGAGAGAAGAGGACACACGGAUUGUGCAAGGUUGGGCCAGAAGUUAUCAACAGCGACGCCCUCUUCUAGCCAAAGACGUCAAUGCAUGAUAGUAGUAAGCCGUGGCAUCGAACACUGUCGGUGAGAUGGCCUUCAGCCACAGAGAUAAGUCAUCUACGGAGUCAUGCACAAGACAUUUCUUGUUUGUUUUUCUUUCCUACUGUUUGACGUACAUCAGCAUUUUUCUUUUGUAUGUACAGGGUGACUGUUCAUUUGUGAGGUUCUGAUGCCAAUCCUGUGUGCCUAACAGACACAGUACCACAGUAAAGUUAUUUAUUUCACAUUAUUUAUUCAAACUUUGUUUUACUGUGGUAAUCAGUCAAAUCUAAGAAAGGUGGAAUGUAUCUAAAGAUACAGGUUCCUGUUGGUGUACUUUGUUGUUUACAUUUAUAAUGUUGUGGGCGACAUGUGGCAAGCAGUUAUAUUCCUGUGGGUUGCAGUAGGCAUUUGUACUGACAACAAUUUAGAGGCUGUGGUAAGAGUAUGAAUGUUCUGCACUACUUAAAAAUCAACACUCUUUGAGAGGGUUUGUGAUCGUUGCCUGGACCGGUUGUUGUGUAGAAGUCGUUUCUAUUUCAUCAAAAACAAAUAUGGCUUCUUUGAUGAAAUGAACAGUCACAUUUGUUGACAUGAAACACUUCUAUACCACUUCCAAAAAUGUCAAAGCUUUAUACUGAUAAAAUUAGAAUUAAGAUUAAAUAAAAUUAAGUUUGGUGCAACUUUCUGUUUCAUUUCGAGUGAAAAGUUUGAACACGCCCUCUUUGGUUCUAAUUUGCUCACAGAAGUUAACUAGCUGCCUGACGAUCCGGAUCUUUUUGUGGUUUAGCCAAAUCCUAUGACUCUUAUCAAAGGCAUGAAAAGCCAGAUAUGGAAGUAAAUAAAACCAGCCUCCUCUCAUCCCUAAAAUGAGUUGUGACUAGUGCCCUGAAUAUGUCCUGCCUGCAAGGCAUGGCACCAGCACAAACUAACCUCCAGCAGAAGAAUCUGUUCAGAUGAAUGCCAUAGGUCUGACUGUAUCAAGCACUCAGGAAACCUCCCUUUUUUUUCCUUGAUGGAUUGUAACCUUUCCUGACCUUUAUUUGCCUUGCAUUUGUGAAUAUAACCUAAGAACAGUAGAACUAUUAAAUUGUCCCUGGAGGGGAAUAACACCCGGUUCAACGGUCCACAUAUUGUCAUGGACAGAUAAUGCUCAACACUUGUGAUGUUAUCAGGUAUGACAUCUAGAGGUGCUUCAGAAUGAGGACGAGCUUAUACUCAGAUGGUUUCUGUGGUCGACUGUGGAGUCACCCCAGAACAUGCUCCUGUUUCCACCAGUCAUUUUUAUGCCUCACUGUUCAUCUUCAGUGCAUUUAUCUGUAUUUUUUCCCCACAUAAAGAGAAAAAAGUACAGAAUCGGUCAUUCACAGUUUAAACUACAAAUGUCUGACCAUGUGACAUUCAUUUACACUGAUGAACUCUUCACAGAAAUCUCAGAUUUUGGGUUGCACUUGAAAAGUAAAAGAGCCACUGAUAAAUGUUAAAUGUGAAAGGCAGCACUGUUAUCAAGUUUUACUUUCUCAGUUCCGUUCUUCUGUUCUUGCUUUGACAGAAUGGAUAAGGCUGAUUUAAAUGUUUAAGGUGUAAAUAAAGUAAUAUAACUGUC